CACCUCGUCCCGGCGGGCCUCAACUCCCCCCACCUCCUCACGCUCUACAACUCCUGCCGUCCCCGAGGCGCCCACCUCGCCGUCUUGUGCCAAGACCAGCACCCUCACUUGUCCUCUCAACGGCAUGGUGUUUGUCCCUCUGCAACCGGCCUUGGUACCAUGGUGGGUGUCUUGAUGUUAGACGAUUGUUGCUCAAUGUUAGAGAUGGCAACCUCCAGUCCUGAUGUCUUGGCAUGCCUCUGUCUUCUCUCUCAAGACUUGGGGGUGAGUGAAGCUGGCUUAUCAAUUGGGGAUGUCAUCAAGACAUACACGCACUGCACGGGCCUCCAUCCUCAUCUGCCAGCAGCAGGCUGCAGCCACGUGCUCUCCAACAAGACCUCGCGGCAACAGUUAACGCACGCACGAGUGGAACCGAUGCAGGAGAAGAGGGUGAGGCCGCAGCAAUUCAUUACAGGCUACUGGCAGGGGCGCGCCUCCUCUGCGUGACUGGACGCACUAACCCAGCAGAUGCAUUUGUAAACGUGUUUCAUAUAGUCCAAAUGAGCAUCAGUUGUUCAAAAAAAUACACGAAAUAGAACUGCAGCAGCAGAAUCUUCAGUGAUAAAGCAGAGCAGCUAAUAAAUCUAUAUUAGCAAAGGUGACAAUCUUUCAAGGUGGAUGGCUGAUCACAGACACAUACAUCGUUGAAAUCAAAGUUUAACAUGCUCCAAAAGGUGAGUGACCUCCAAACGAGAAGCAGUGUUUGUCGGAUAAUCAGAACACGGGCAUAUCAAGUCUUAGAUUGAAACUAAACACUACAGGGAUCAUCUAUUUGCUAUAUAGUUACAAAAGUGACAUGAUUGAUAUUUGUAAGACGAACUAUACUUCUAAUUGUUAAACGGUAAGAACAAAACAUGAACAUUUAACAAACUUGUCCUCUAUACUCAUGUCAUCAGUGUGAACUAAGAAGUUCCUCGGUAUCACCUUGGGUCCUGCAUAUCACCUUCGCUCCUGCA